GGAGAAAGAGGAUGCGGCGAGUCACGUGACGGCGCGCCCGUGGCGCCGCCUGGCGUGUUAUUUAACGUAAAGUGAGGGCACCUAGGUAAACUGUCCGCACAAUCACACUCGUGUCCGGCAAGCGAGCAAGUGAGGACCCCCACAGCCGAACGGACGACGUCUGCACAAGAGACACACGCGCACCGGCUGCAGACAAGCCUUGCCGCCGGCCUAGCGCGCAUUUUGUUUUUGUUUUGUUUGAUUCUCUCUCUCUCGUGACGCGACGACCCUGGAUUUGUGACCGUCGGUCUCCCUCCGCCGUACUCCUCUCCCAAACCGCCACCACAGUCGAUGUCUCCGCAGAGGCAACGUCACUUCUCAGCGAGCUACUCGAAUAACAGGUGCAUCACGAUGACGAGAGCCGCUGUGCUCCUGUGCAUGCUGGGUGCGUCGCUGGCGGCGUCCCCCUCAUCUUCCUCGUCGCAGUCAUCGUCGACGGGUUCGUCGCCGCCAUCUUCGCAGUCCACUUCCGUCGUAUCUUCGUCCAGUUCGACGUCGACCAAGAGGGACGACUUCAGCGCCGCCGCGUCGUCCAGCCACCCGGUGUACUCGCCCUCGGUCGGCUCCCCGUCGUCUGCGUACGGAGCCUCUUCGCCGUACGGAACGUCCGGUUCCGGUUACUCCGGAGCGGGAGCCGGGGGCUACGGCUCGGCGGGCGGCUCGGCGGGCGCUUACGAGGCGGCCGCGUCGAGCAACACGUACCACAGCCAGGCGAGCCCCAACAGCAACCUGUACUACUACUACUAUCCGGUGUCUAAGAACAGCGGCCAGCAGGCCUCUAGCGCCUCGGACGCCGAAUACCAGGCGAGCGCAGCGCAGAACUACGCGGGCGUGUCGGCGCCCGGCAGCGGCUCGUCGGGCUCCCCGUCCUCGUCGGGCGGCUACGACCAAGCGGCCAGCGCCUCCUCGUCCUCGGGCUACGGCGCCUCGGCCGACGGGGGCCCGUCCUCGUCGGGCUACGAGCACGACUCGAGCGCCGCGGCGGCCGCCUACAACGCGGCCGCGGCCGCCAGCUACCAGCAGCAGCUGCAGGCGUACGCCGCCCAGGGUGGCGGACACUACGGACCCAGCGCGGCGCAGUACGCCCACCUGAGCCAGCUGGCGCAGCAGUACGGACCCCAGCUGGCAGCCGCCCAGCAGUAUGCCCAGUACGCCCAGCCCGGCACGGGCCACUACGGAGGAGGAGGAGGCGGCGGAGGGUCCUAUCCAUCACCUUCCUUCCAGGGAAGCUACGACACGUCCAAGAGGUACUACGGCCUGGGCUCGGUGAUCAUGCCGCUGCUGGCGCUGGCGGGUCUGGGCCUGCUCAUCCCCACGGUGACCAGCCUGAGCGGCAAGAAGAAGCGGUCCAUCGACGACGCGAACCGGGCGCACCUGGGCGACUACGCCGAGCGGCUGGAGCGGUACUUCAAGAUCUACCGGGCCGCCGUCGAGAGCGAGGAGUGCAUGAACCGCAUCAUCUGCGAGCUGGGAGACGCCGUCAGCAACGUGCGCGGAAAGUCGGCGCUGCUCACGGUAAUGGAGAAGUUCGCACCCGGCUGGAUGAACAACAAAGUGGGCGUGUUCAAGUCCGCAGCUCUGACCGUCGACACCACCAAGUGCUCCCGCUACAAGUGCUGAACGCCGCAGCGUGGCGGCGCCCCUGGGUCCACCAUAAGCACCACGCAGCCCACCCAUCCACGACGACGAUGACGACGAAUACAGACAAAGCACCGCCAUCCUCCGAGCGUUAAGAACUAAGAAAAAGAAAAGAAACAGAAAAAAGCAGUUAACCGCUUCCGAAACGUGGUCGUUUCGAAGGCGUGUCGCGGCUUACGACCCACCUUCUCGCUCAUAUCCCGACUCUGCUCUUCACUGCCCUCGCAUUGCCGUCCAUAUAAUAGAGUAACACUUUUUUUUAAUCGAAUCUUGUCACUUCUCCAAGAGGUCGGGUGGAGAACGCACGUGAUUCGAACGUUUGGGAUAGUUACGUUUCGAGAUCAAAAGUUCGCUUACGUGGUAGACUGACGACGGCAAAGUGACGAUGAAUGAACGCGUCGCAUUUCCCUCCUUGUCCAGAAAGCGACGAACAGCUCCCGAAGGAUAGGAGUUGGCCACGUGACACGCGGGACUGCGACAGAGUCUCGUUUCUGCGGUUGUCUCUUGGGUCCGGUAGAUUUUCAAUGCCCAGGUCAGGUCACAAGCAAUCGCGCGGCAAAAGGACUUCUGGAGGUAUGCUAACCGUUCACGUAUCCAUGUAGAGAAGAAAAAGAGCUUUUCUGAACGAGAACCAGUCUCACAUUGCCAGAGCUACAUUAUACGAAUAAGACAAGUAUACUGCAAGGGCGCACCACCAGGAAAUAAAGACAAAGAAAAAAAAGUAGGAAAACUGUUGAAAGACGUAAUUGAACGACUUAAUUCCCGUGGCGACCAUUAAUUGAGAUGCAGUGCGCCGGAUCAGUUUCGUCAUAAGCUGCUUUCAGUUUAUGCACGCGGAAAAACGUCAGCGGCUUUCUUGAACGUCCUGCAGGAGUGUCUGGAAAGAUUUCUUCAAGAAACGGGGAUUUUAGAAGUGCUUAACCUAACUUCGCGAGGUUCCCUAAGAUAUCGCUGAUGUUUAUCAUUUCGCUGAACACGGGAUCCGAUCUAUCAAGUCCAAAAGCAAAUGGCGAAAAAGACAAAUAAUCCUCCCAAGCGCAAACUGGGAAGAGUGUAAGUAGGCGGUUACAGUAUAUUUUUUUAAUUUGCACUAGUUUUCAAAGCAAUAAAAAAAAAGCUGCACUUGCAGUUGUGGUAGCGAUGAUCAAACGCAGCCGCUAACCCCCCCCCCCCCCCUCCAGUCGCGGAAAAGGACAUCGCCGUUGGAAGUUUGGCAAGGACAGUGAACGCAACCGAACGAUUCUUUAUCAUGAGAUUUAAUGUUCUUCGUGUAUUUUUCUGGCUAAUAGUCCCCUAAAAGUGUCAAUUACAGCUUUAUAACGAGUCCCUGCGCAGUGCCUCGAAAUAUUUGUUACAGUCCUUGUUUUCUUCAUUUCCUGAAAUCUAAACAAGAUUCUAGUAGAUUGUAUGUCAGGCAUAUCUAUCGCUUCCGGCUUUUUUCACAUCCAUUUGUCUUGUCACUUAUUUAUGCUCUUUUCAAAUCGUGUGGCGAAGGCGAGUGUAGCUUACACGAGCGCCAUCUGCAUUUGAAGCUAAAAAAAAAAAACAUAGUGCAGCGCUCGUUCGCCUACGACUCCAAAAUAAGCACGUGUCGUCUGGAACUUACCUGCAUACCAUGUAAAUGGAUGUCCACUGUCGGCAGUUCCAAAAAUCCGCGUUACGAACUCCUGCUCGAGCGAGCAACGCCAACAGUGGCGCAACCUUUGAAUAAGUCUUGUGCGGAACUCCAUGCAGUAUGGUGCCGUCAGCGAAUGGAGCAGACGACAUUCACUUUACACCUGUUUUCUUUCCCUCUCAAAGCUGAAAUUAUCGUCUGCUUCAUUGAGCAGUCAAGAACGUGAUCUUAUGGACAGCACACGCAUCAUGUUCCGUCUUCGAGAGCAUUUCGGUCAACAGUUUUUUUUUUUUUUUACGUCACAGCAGUCGUCAUCUAGUUAUAUAUGCUAGAGUGCGGGCGUUAUCAUCGGAUGCGCCAUCAGCUGCAACGCAGCAAUCGCUCUCGAAUGCAAACAUCAGACGAACGCCAUCACCACUCAUCUUCAAUAUAUAUAUAUAUAUAAAAAAAGCAAGUCCACCGUUUUCUCCUUCCCACCAUCGUCAGUUCUUAGCAUUUCGGUUAGUCCUAUUUUAUGUUCCGGUUAUUAUUAUUAUAAUUUACUAUUGAGUAACUUUGCGGCAUUCAAUGCACAUCUCGAUUAACUCUUCAGCGUGGCCCGCGGUUUGUAAGCGUGUUUCUUGUGUGUGAAGUUGUGUUGUAUUUUUUUGGAAUGUUUAAACAAUUGCAAGAGUGCUUCGUUCCAUUGCUUCGAUGGUUCUUUUAAUCACAUUUUUUUUUUUAAUUUUCUGUUUGUGGAUAGCGGCGAGCUUGCCCGAUCUCGCCUUAGAGGAUUCCCGAGGGAUUUUCUUCGAAAACCCACCUGUGAAUGCCACCCGGUGAUAAUAAAUCUGUGCUUGAGAGCCGUAAUUGCAAUAAUUCGGACACUAGCUUUAUUAUUCUUAUUCUUAACAGCGCUUGUGGAGGACAUCCCAAUGACAAUGCCGAGCUGUCCGAGUUAGGCACGAAGUGACACUACGACUACAAACUAAGACUCAAGAAAUUCUCAUUUUAAUUUUUUAUGACUGACUCAGGGAGUAUCAUUUAACGCAUUUCCUCUAAGACUAUUAUCUAAAAACUCACUCGUCCUUUAUGCGUUCAUUCAACAUUAUUAAACUAACCCCUACUGCGCUUCGCACUGUACAUAAUGAGACUUUUGCACAAACACUAAACAGCACUCGAUUUGUGCAAGCGUCAACUGAAUUGUUUCAAACAAACUGAUUAAAACAGUGUAUCGAACACAUACAAAAACAGUUAUGCAAUUUUCUAGCAAUAGUCUUCGCCUCAAUAAUGAAAUUUCGAUGUUGCGUAGAAAGUCAAAGAAUUUCGGCUUGAGCUUUAGUCAAAUGUCUUCGUUUCUGCUAGUCGUCCGUGGUGAUGCCGAGCAGACGAUGCACGGUUCGAGUUUGCACAUUUCUGCUUCUGUAUGCCGUAUGCUGCUGGACAAUUUACAUGCACAUGAUAAACAAGGUACGCUUUCGAACAUUUCACGUCACUUCGUGCCUAAAGAUAUCUUACAUUCAAUCAGCACGUUCUGCCACUUCUUGCGCGAUCAAUAUUUUCGUUCUCUCGUUUUUUUUUCUCUCUCUCUCUUCUGGGCAAUGACAACCUUGGUCUUAUCCUAUGCGUCGGUUGCCUGUCAAUUUGCUCCUGCUAACAAUACAGCGAAAGGAAAACGUUAUUGCGACCACCGUGCCAAGUACUUAUACGACACAGGCGGGCCGAGGUUGGACAUUCAAAAAUUUUUUUUGUUUCAAAUCCUCACGGGCAUUUUGCAAAAGGCUGUAGCUCAUUUGUGUAGGGUGUGUAGUAUUUAUUUUUUCACGCAGUACACCGUCGCCUCUUCUGCGACGAGGCCCGAAACGCCUGUCUGAUCUUGUAUUCCUUGUACACAUUUUUUGGAUAAAACAUCUGAAUGCCA